AUGGAUGCCAAACCCAUCUCAGACUCGACCAUCGCAGCCAGACUGCGCAAAGCAGGCGUGAUCAUCCUGGGCAAGACCAACCUCUCCCAGUGGGCCAAUUUCCGCUCCACUAACUCGUCCAACGGCUGGAGUGCAUGGGGCGGACAGGUUAUCGCGGCUCAUGUCCCCAACCAGGACCCGAGCGGGUCUUCCAGUGGGAGCGGUGUUGCCUCCGAUCUGGGUCUCGCAUAUGCCUGUUUGGGCACUGAGAGCGGUCUUGUAGGCAUCAAACCGACCGUCGGACUCACGUCUCGCUACCUGGUUAUCCCCAUCAGCGAGCGCCAGGAUACCGUUGGCCCCAUGGCCCGCACCGUUAAAGACGCAGCCCUAGUCCUCAGUGCCAUUGCUGGCCAGGACCCGCAUGACAACUAUACCCUAGCCAGCCCUUACAAGCAGCACGUCCCAGACUACGCCCAGUACUGCAAAGAAGGUGACCUGAAGGGCAAACGCAUCGGUAUCCCGCGCAACGUGCUCGCAUUGAACGACGGCCCCGCGAUGGCGCCCUACUACGCCGCAUUCGAGGCCAGCAUCAAAGUUCUCAAGGAACUCGGGGCCGUCAUCGUCGAAGACACCAAUUUCACCGCGUAUGAGAACUUCCAGAACAGCAGUGUCAGCGAAACUGUCCUGGAAGCGGACUUUAUCAGUAACCUAGCAACCUACCUCUCCGAGCUGCAAACAAACCCUCAAGGCGUGCACAGCCUUGCAGAUGUGCGUUCCUUCACGCAUGGGUUUCCUCUCGAGCAAUGGCCGUCCCGGAACACGGCGACAUGGGACCACGCCCUUGAAGUGGGCAUUAACAACACAUCGCCCGACUUCUGGCCGCUGUACGAACAAAACUUGAACUUUGGCGGAGAAGGUGGUGUCUUCGGCGCUAUCGAGAGAGGAAACCUCGAUGCGGUGAUUCUGCCAACCAACUUGGGAUACCCCGUUUCAGCUGUGGUCGGUGGACCGGUCGUUACUGUGCCGAUGGGUGCAUACCCUGCAGGAACGGACUUGCAGCUGUCUCCUCCGUGGAACUUGACCAACGUGGCCCCUGGUGUUCCCAUGGGUCUGGCGUUCAUGGGGCUGAAGUGGAGUGAACCGACGCUGAUUGAGAUGGCUUAUGCAUUUGAGCAGAAGACCCAGGUUCGGGAUACUUUACACCAUUACAUUGUGCCCAAAGCGCAGUUGGAGCAUGGUGAUGGAAGGGUACACAAACAUGAGAAACAGAAACACUCCGUGUGA